AUGCCGGGCAUCCAACAGUGUGUUUAUAGCAACAACAAGCAAAUGUAUGCCAUCAGAAGGAUAAGAGAUGCCUUCAGAGAAAACAAGAAUAUAAAGGAUUCUGAAAAAAUAGAAGAACUAGUCAAUAAAGCCAAAGCAAACCUAGAGAUUAUUCAUCGACAGGUUACUAUUGGCCAACUGUAUUCCACGCAGAAAUUGGUUAUUGAGAGUCCAGGAAACACAUAGCUACGAGAAGACUUUGAUCCUGAAGCAACACUGGACCAUCUUCAGCAUCCUACAGUGCCACAUACAGAUGCAUAAACUCACUGCACAUGUCUGACCUUUUCUGUUCAGCAGAAGAAAUGUCUGAGAGACUCAGUUUUUGGCAACCAAAGUACUAUUUUCUAAUGGUUCACAUGUUCUAAAAUAUAUUGCUGUGAUUUGUAAUAGCAUGUAAGGUAGUCUUGAAAUCUGUUUGCUUGUAUGUACCAUGAGAUGAAAUAGUUCCCGCCCCACUUUGGCAAUAAACUUCAUUGAACUACCUGUAACCA